AUGAAUCCUCUGAAAUGCGCUUUUGGUGUCUUUUCUGGAAAAUUCUUAGGUUUCCAAGUUACGGCGGCAGGAAUCAAAGUCGACCCAGACAAGAUGAAAGAUAUUACCGCCAUGCCUCCUCCACGCACCGUGAAAGAGCUUCAGAGCUUUAUGGGCAAGGUAAAUUACAUCCGAUGCUUCAUUCCUGGGUUAGCUCAACUCAUUGCUUCAUUCACCCCUCUACUGAAGAAAGGAGCGAGUUUCACAUGGACAAUUGUUCAACAAGAUGCCUUCGAAAAUAUACAACAAAUAUUAUUAUCACAUAUUGUCAUGAAAUCUCCAGUGCAAGGACGACCGUUAAUACUCUACACAGCCUCCGGAAAUGUUGCUAUUAGAGCUCUUCUUGCUCAAGAAGAUGAAAAAGGCGUCGAACAUCCGAUCUACUACUUCAGUCGUACAAUGAGAGAUGCUGAGCUACGAUACCCAAAAGCUGAAAGAACAUGCUUAGCAUUGGCUCACGCAAUCCAGAAAUUCAGAAAUUAUUUACUAGCCAACAGAGUUGUACUUGUUUCCAAGGCCAACCCUAUAAAGUUCUUACUAUCGAAGCCAGCCUUGAUAGGGAGACCAGCGAAGUGGCUACUGCAGAUGUCAGAAUUUUACAUAGCCCAUGUACCUCCCAAGGCGAUCAAAGUUCAAUCAGUUGCAGAUUUACUCGCUGCCUUUCUAGGAGAAGAUGUCACAAAGUUACAUGAAGACGUGCCCGGAGAAUUUCCAGAGAUCUUGAUUGUCAAAGAAGAAACGUGGCUCUUAUACUUUGAUGGAUCCGCCACCCCUAGCAACGACACUGGAGGAGCGGGCAUGGUACUGGUAUCUCCAUCUGGAGAAGUAUUCUCACACUCGUUCAAGUUGGAUUUCCACUACACCAAUAAUUCAGCAGAAUACGAAGCUUUCCUACUAGGAUUGUCUUUGGCCAAACAAGCAGGAGAAAUGCACCUCGAGAUAAGGGGGGAUUCGAAGAUGUUGGUCAACCAAAUGAAUGGAUUCUACCCUCUCAAAGAAAUAACUCUUGCUCCAUUCAGAACCGAAGCACAACGGCUACUGGCUCAUUUUGCUGAUGCAACAAUCGUCCAUACCGGUCGAACUAAUAACAGACAUGUUGAAUGCCUAGCAACUCUUGCCUCUAUGCUAAAAUUUAAAGGAGCGGAGAAAUCUAUCAUGGUGUUAAGACGUGCCAUAUCAUCUACCUGGCUUGCUCAAAUUGAAGAUGUUCAAGCAAACGACUGGCGAGCACCUAUUAUUCAUGAAUUCGGCAGUUCUCUUUCAGCAGGGAAAGUUAACCUCAAGGAACUAAAAAAUUACUUCUUGCUUCAUGGGGUGUUAUACUGUCGAAAUCCCGAUGUCUUGGAAACGAAGAGGCCAACGAGCAACUCAAACGUAUACAUGAAGAAAUCUGCGGACAGACGUUGGUAG